AUGGAUAGCGUGCGCCAAGAUCCUCCAGCAGACCUUCUCAAGAGACUUCGACAACUCGCUGGAUACACUUGGGAUGACUUUAGACAGCCGUUCCAUACCUCCUACGACAUAUGGCAUGUCUUCGGAACAAAGCAUAGAGGCAACAAUAGCAGCCCCAGUACCUCACUCCCAACUUCCCCCACCUCCGAAUCCGUACGGCCACACUACAUUUGGAAACGUCCUAGCAGAAGGAAACAAGACAGCGAGGAUACAAACAAGGACUUGAGUAGUGACGGGAAAGAUAUACCAGUCGUCGCGCGCAUAUCUUUCCAUGUUCUGCGCGACGAGAGAGCAUACCAUAUCUGCAAGUCGUUGAUCGCAACUGCGGAUCCUAAAGGGCAUCAUGUUGCUCGUCCUCUGGAGAGAAUGCGAUGGUCCGCUCAAGCCGGGGAUGACGAGAUAAAACCUGUGGUGGUCUGCAUAUUCGAAGCUCUUGGAACGAAUUACUUGUCUAAAAUCAUCGAUUACGGUCCAGCAUGGUACCACCUACACUUGCGUGGAGACACCGUCCAAGGGCGCCGCAAUGAGAUAUUUGAACCAGAAUCUGUAUCUUUACGAACGUUUCUCGACUUUGCGAUUGGCGCCGCUGAGUGCAUCGAAGUUCUUCACGGGCAGCAGAUUGUCCACGGGGAAAUCAGAGGCGAUGCAUUUCAUAUGAACAAGGAAACAGGCAAAGUUAUGUUGAUUAACAUUGGGCCUGGGAGACUUCGCACAUUCGAGCAAGGUCUAACGAGCAAUGGCUGGUCAACGAUGUCCAAGGAACUUGGAGCAAUGACGAAGCUGUCCUUCAUGAGCCCAGAGCAGACAGGACGAAUGCCCUUCGAGCCAGAUAGUCGGACAGAUAUAUUUUCACUUGGGGUUCUGUUCUGGACAGUACUUUUACAGAAACCAGCUUUUGAAGGCGAGACUGCGAUGGACAUUAUCCAAGCCGUCUUGGGACAACGUCUUCCAUUGGUCUCCAAUAUUCGAUUAGAUAUUCCCGAGGUUAUUGGGCGUAUCAUUCAAAAGGCUACAGCAAAACCAGUCUGGGACCGCUACCACUCCAUGAGCGGGCUACGACAUGAUCUUGUGGAAGUUCGACGAUUGCUGAGUAUCGGAGAUUCUUCGAAGCUCCUUGGUUGGGAAAUCGCUACAAGAGACGUCUCUCCGUCUUUCAUUUUACCUCAAGCUAUGGUCGGUAGGAAAGACGAGCAUGAUACUCUCGUCCGCGCUAUCGAUCACGCAUUUAGAUUGCACCAAACUAGUCAAAGGCAAGACAAACAAACCCAAUUAGGUCGAUUAUCCGAGGACAACUCCACCAGCGCGGAGAAAAGCUUCACGGCGGGUGAUGCCAUCCUUGACGAUGACAACGGAAGUUCGACUGGUAGUAGAACAAAUUCACACUCUUUAUUCGAUACGUUGCCUGGGGACCAAAAGGCAUACAAAGCCAACACGGCUAAACAGAGAUCCCCAGCACAUUCGCACCAUGAUUCGACAGAACUAUCAGCAACAAGUCCAGACGUUGGGCUCAAACCUGCCCAGUUGAGAAUACGGCAACUAGGGUCUCCUGGCUUUGGUGAAAGUGUGAAUGGCGACUUUGAAGGUUCUUUAGCCGGCUCAGAUGGUAUGAGCAGUCUGUUUGCGGACCGCAAUAACGUGCGCAUGCUUACAACAGGGCAAUGUGCGGUUGUCACAGUGGAAGGAGCUGCUGGGCUUGGAAAGAGUCGCCUCAUUCAAUCUGUACAAGUCGACGCACGACAGCGAGGCUGCUUUGCUAGCUCGAAAUUCGACCAUAAUCAAACGGAAAGCAAACCAUUGGACUCGAUCCUCAGCCUGUUAUCAAGUCUCUUUCAGCAAGUGUUUUCAGAAAGUGACACUGAUCCAGUCUUCCACCUAAGCCUCAAAAGACGAGUUGGGCCCGUCUGGAAUAUCCUUCAUAAAUUGCUAGGUCUCCCAGAGUUCUUGCUCGACCCUAGCUCAUCACACCGAAUGUCAAUCGACUCGCCAAAAAUCUCGAAGGGUUUCAACAAAAGUCUGGACGUUGCGUCAAGGAGACGUGAUUCAUCACCUGGGAGUACAAGCUCGCGAGGCAGUCUAUAUGGCAAGACACUUGGUGCUCAAAGUGCGCAUAAUUUCCUGCGUGCUGGCUCUUCUACGCAAUCCAUAGCUUUGCCAACCACGCUGCUGGAUAUCCUGCGCAUCUUCACCCGCCAUAAAUUCGUUUGCCUGUGUCUUGACGAUAUCCACCUCGCAGAUGAGGAGUCUUUAGAAUUGAUUGCUCAAAUGGUUUCAUCGAAAAUUCAAAUGGUCAUGAUCCUCGCCUACAGAUCUAAGGAAAGCUUACCUGAAAGGAUCCGCAAAGUUUUGGAUCCAUCCCAUAAUCAAGAUCACCAAAUGUCAAGGGACAUCGAUACCACGCAAAUCAUCCUGAAACCUCUUACUGAAGACCAAACAGUAGAAUAUGUUGCCAAUACACUCCGUCGUACGAAACUCGAAGUCUUCGCCUUGGGCACCAUCAUCUGCUCGAAAACUUCCGGUAAUCCAUUCUACGUCAAAGAGAUGCUUAGUGCAUGUUAUCGGAAGAAAUGCAUUUGGUUCGACUUUCGAAAUAAUUGCUGGCUUUUCGACCUCGACAAGCUCUUCGAGAACUUUACUGCGGCCAGGCUAAAUGAUGCUCGCCGUGAAGGUCUUGUCAUGAAUCUCAUCAAAGAACUACCUGCUGUUGCAAAGUUGAUUCUUGCGUGGGCUUCGAUGCUAGGUGCAUCGUUCAACUUCCAGCUGAUUCAGUUUCUGUUGAAUGGUGACUUCACCCCAGGCAAACUUCAUUACUCGGAACAAGAUUCAGUGAGAGGCCUCCAAGCUGCGAUAGAAGCCCAUAUCAUUGUACCAACCUCAGAUGAAGACGUUUUCCGAUUUGCGCAUGACAGAUAUGCCGAAGCAGCUGCCUCACUUCAGACUGAAGACAGGAGUCUGAUGCAUUUCAUCCUAGCGCGAACGCUUCUCAAACACUACGCUGAUGAUGACAAUUACCGGGACAUUGCGGCAUUUUCUAUUUGUGAAUCUACUACCACCAUCAAAACUUCCAUUCCGGAUCGGCGACCUUUUCGAAGAUUGCUUUUGAACCACGCGCGUAUGGCUUGUGAAAGUGGCAUUAGAUCCGCUUCCGUCAAGGCUUAUGCCAGUUGCAUUCUGCUAUUGCAGGAUGAUAUGUGGAAUGACGAUGCUGAGGACGUCUCAUACGAGGAGACAUUGCAAGUUCACACUGCAGCAGCCGAGUGUUAUUUGUAUAGUGGACAAUACGAAGAAGCCAGGCGCUUAUUAUUGGAAGUAUCUACGAAUGCUCGGACGGCCGUGGACAAAGCCCCUGCCUGGGUACUUGAAUCUCGUGCUUUCGCUCAAGAAGGAGAUUCGACCCGUGCUUUCGAGGCUCUGAAGAAUUGCCUUGUAACCUUGGACGUCAUUGUUGAUAAUGAUCCAUCAUUCCCAAAGUGCGAUGCUGAAUUCAAGCGUCUAUGCGAGGAGAUCCAGGCUGCGGAUAUCUCCUCUCUGAUGAAAAGACCAAUGAGUACAGAGGAGGAGACGAACUUGCCUGCUAUUGGUGCUGUGCUUGUCGAAGCAACGAGUGCUGCGUUCUGGUCUGAUACCUUGACUUUCUAUCAAAUGACCCUGAUUAUGAUAAAUACCUACUUGUUCUCGGGUAACUAUCCCCAGGCUGGUAUGGGGUUUCUUCAACUCUCUCUCAUCGCUGUCUCGAGGCACAAUAUGAUCAAUUUCGGCGAUGAUUGCGGAAACAUAGCACUUGCUUUGAUGGAACGGGGUAAAGAUCCUUACACGAUAGGCAGAGGCGGCACCCUUUAUCCAGCUUUCAUAGGACAUAUCCAGAGCCCACUUCAUGUGCUAAUAGCCCAGUUGGAAGGAGCUCUCGAGUUUGCAAUUCAAGCAGGGGACCGGAUAGCAACGAUUUUGAAUUUUGGGCUUGUUGGCAGCCUAAGAUUCUUUGCCUCUGACAAUCUGACUGACCUGGAAUUGUUCUGUACAUAUGCCUGCCAAGACAUUUCGAACUGGCAAACAGACACGCCAGGCGGCACAAUGAUCAUUAGCAUACGCCAGGUGUGCCGUGCCUUGCAAGGCAAAACCCAGACAAACGAUCCGUCAGUCGGAGUGAUGAGUGAUGAUCAACAUAGCUCACCCAAGUACAAGUCUUGGUUGAAGAAUACAGUCAAGAAUUCUGACCGGCCGCUUAUGCUGUACGAGAGCAUCGAAAUCGCUCCGUUGUUCUUGUACGGUCAUUUCUCGAACGCUGUCGCAUUAGGAAACUCAUGCUUGAAGAAGAUCAAUGCAAUAUGGUCAGCGCGAAAUACUCGCUUUCUCAUGUUCUUUCAUGCCCUGUCAUUGGCAGGCUCUGUGUGGACCCGGGUUGAAGAACAACUCGAUCCAGCAUAUCGCAGUCAGUCACAUGAGCUAUCUUCGGAUAUUAGUGGCCGAACUCUUGAAGCUGGGCUCCAGGAGGAGAUCGGAGGUCUUGCUAUGCUCAUGAAGUACUUCAAGAAACGAAUAGAACAGUGGCAAGCAGUCACGGAUGUGAACUACCUGGCUUGGUCGAAAAUGCUUGCAGCUCAGAUAGCGGAGAUGGAAGAUGACCAUACGGCUACGCUCCGGUUGUACGAGGAGGCCAUAGACCAUGCCUCAACGUAUAAUUUCUGCUUCGAAGAAGCGCUCGCGAAUAGCCUUCUAGGUGGCCAUCUUGUACGAGUUGGAUCCAAAAGGCUUGCAAAGAUGGCAUUCGGCGAAUCGAUCAAGCUGUACAGACGACUAGGAGCGACUGGAGUUGCUGAUCAUAUUGAAGAAGACAAUCAGCGCAUUUUCGAAGAGACAAGAUCUAACCAUUGGAACGUGGACGUCAGUGUUCAAACAGAACAUUAUGGUAAUCUGGGGAUCAUGCCAACCGACGUCGAUGGUUUUGGACAUGAGGACUCACCGGUGCCAGAAUCCAUGAUCGAGAAAGGGGAGGACAGAAUCGGCAUGUGGCAAGAAGGAGCAGCAGUCCUUGUUGACGCUGGCGAGAAUCUGCACAUGUUAGAUCUAACAUCGAUUCUGGAGAGCUCUCAGGUCAUCUCAAGCGUUCUUCAGGUGGAUCAACUCCUCAAGAUAAUGUGUGAGAUUAUCUUACAAAACUGCAAAGGUGUUGCUUCGCUGGCAGCAAUUGCAAUUGAAGACGCAACGACCGGCUGGGGAAUUGCUGCAAGCGGUCACCCCGAAGAAGGUGCCGAAGCUCACAACCCCCCUCUUCCACUUGCGAAGUCCGAGAUUCCAGAGAGUGUUGUGAACUACUGUUCUCGCUUUCGAGAAACUGUCUUCCUCCCAGAUUUGCUACAAGACCCGCGAUUCAGCAACGUCAGCCAGACAUGGGUCGCGCGGAAUAACGGAAGUAAGUCGGUGGUUGCCAUACCCAUCUCACAUGGAGAUGAGGACAAACCUCUACUUGGAGUUCUAUACUUGGAAGGUGCUCCGAAUUCUCUGACGAAUCGCAACCUCGAAGUUCUACAAUUGCUGGUUAACCAAAUUGCAAUCAGCUACUCGAAUUCAUUGACGCUUAAAGAGGUUGAGCGGGUGUCUGCAAUCAACAAGUCCAUGGUCGAAGUCCAGAAGAAAGCACUGUCAGAGGCCAUCGAAGCCAAGAAUAAUGCAAAUAUCGCCAGAGCUGAAGCUGAAGAGGCUGCGAAGGCAAAGACAACAUUCCUUGCUAAUAUCUCGCACGAGCUUCGGACCCCUCUUAACGGAGUCAUUGGCAAUUCUGAACUUCUUUUGCUUGACGGUCACUUACAAGAACAACAAGCUGAAAUGGCAGAAUCGAUCAGAGUCUCAGCAAAUCUGCUGCUCAGCUUGAUCAAUGACAUCUUGGACUUUUCUAAGAUCGAGGCUCAUCAAAUGCAACUCCAUCUAACAAGUUUUUAUGUCGAAGAAAUGGUCCGGGAACUUGUUCGCUCAAUCCCAGCUGUGAGCAAAAAUAAGUCAAAAAAUGUUCGUGUUGUGCAGGAACUUGAUCUACCGCAAUCGUUGGUUUAUGGUGACCCAGUCCGACUCCAUCAGAUUCUCGGGAACCUGGUCGGCAAUAGCUUGAAGUUUACAGAGAAGGGUAGCAUCAUUGUUGGUGCCAAAUCAGAAUGGGAGACCGAGUCGGCAACGUGUCUAACUUUCUGGAUCCAGGAUACUGGGAUUGGAAUCUCUCCACAGCAGCUCAAACGGCUUUUCAUUCCCUUCAGCCAGGCUGAUGCGAGUACAUCUCGAAAAUAUGGAGGAAGUGGUCUUGGUCUCAGUAUAUGCAAAUCUCUUGUGGAGUCUAUGGGUGGCACGAUCAGGCUCGACAGUACCGAGAACGUUGGAACGACUGUUUCGUUUUCGAUCACCUUGCGAAAAGCAAUACCUGAAGCUUCCGUAGGAGAUUCUCCUAUCGAGGUGGGCAAACGCCCCGCUUCGAUACGGAUACCAACAAUCACCACAGACUUUGCCGACCUCUCGCACUUCUCUCAAUCUGAUCUCCGGGUAUGCAUCGCGGAAGACAAUCUUAUCAAUCAGAAGAUUGCCUUACAGUUUCUGAAGAAGCUUAAGUUCCAAGAAGUCGAUGCGUACAACAAUGGUCAGGAAGCCGUGGAAGGUAUUCGCAAAAAGGCUGAAGCUGGUCGUCCGUACCACAUGAUUUUGAUGGAUGUUCAAAUGCCCGUCUUAGACGGAUACGAAGCUACGAAACUUCUACGUCAAGAUAGCAUGGAUGCUGUGAGAAGUAUAUUAGUUAUUGCUUUAACGGCGUCUGCUGUUCAGGGAGAUAUGGAAAAGUGUCUUGCAUCCGGGAUGAAUGAUUAUCUUGCGAAGCCGGUCCGGUUGGCGUUGUUGAAGGAGAAGUUUGGACAUUAUAUGCAGAUGGAGUAA